CAUUAAAUGUUAAGCACUAGUUGGCAGCGUCAAAACCACCAACAUGGCCGGGCGAUCGCAGCCGGCUUUACCCCUUUCUCAGAGGUAUGUAAACGGAGUUCCUGUCUCCGAAAGUCGUUUUAAUUUACGGACUUCAGAAAAGUAUUUUGUUUAUUUGAUAGUUUUAGUGUUUAUAAGCCUUUGUUAUAUCGCCUUAUUCUUGUUACCUGAACUCCGAACUCGCACAACGUACGUGGAUGCACCGGAGAAAAUUUUUCAGCACGAUGUUGAUUUACCGGAGGGCAACAACGUUGUUGGUCACCAUCCGCUGGACAAAAGGGAAGAUGACAUCCACGGCUUGCAGGACAAAAAGAAAUUUAAUUUACAGGUGGAAUUAGAUGAAACUUUAGCGAAAGCAAAAAAUGCCUUAGUUGUAGGAAUUCAAGACAUUGGGAAGCUCAAGGCUCCAAUUGCGGGGGAUGGCGGGAAAGAUACGGGUAAAAAAACUGCAGAAGAAACGGCGAAAGAAACUGCUGUGGAUGGACACCACGACAAAGACAAGGAUAUAAAAGGUGAAGUCGAUGCGGAUAAACAAAAGUUCUUGGACAAACAGAAAGAGGAGGAAGAUAAACUAAAGCAAGAGAAGAAACAGGCGGACAUCUUGAAGGUCAACGCCGAUGGAGGUCUUGAGUUGCCUGAUGGUGAACCAGACGAUGAGCUCAGUAAAGAACGAAGAAAUGCUGUAAAAGAGAUGAUGCUCCAUGCAUGGAAUGGUUACGAGAAAUACGCCUGGGGUGCCAAUGAGCUCAAGCCCAUCUCCCACGUCGGUCACUCAGCCAGUAUCUUCGGCCGCUCUUCCGUCGGUGCUACCAUCAUCGAUGGAAUGGACACGCUGUACAUCAUGGGCCUCAAAGAUCAAUUCAUGAAGGCCAGAACCUAUGUGGCACACGACUUCCACUUUAGUGCUGCAAGUGACCUGUCUGUAUUUGAGGUUAACAUCAGGUUUGUGGGUGGAUUGCUGUCUGCGUUUGCUCUGACCAGUGAUGAGAUCUUCAAGACGAAGGCAAAAGAAAUAGCGGAUAAGCUUCUUCCUGCGUUCAACUCCCCCAGCGGUAUACCUUAUGGACUUAUCAAUCUCAAGACUGGAAGCAGUCGGAACUGGGGUUGGGCUUCCGGAGGCAGCUCCAUACUCGCUGAGUUCGGAUCAAUGCAUCUUGAGUUUUCCUACCUGUCAGAGAUCACUGGUGACCCGGUUUAUCGUCAGAAGGUGGACAAAAUCAGAGAGAAGUUGGAUUCACUUUCAAAACCCAACGGUUUAUAUCCGAACUAUCUGAACCCCAAGACCGGCAAAUGGGGACAGCAACAUGUAUCUCUAGGAGCGUUAGGAGACAGUUUCUACGAAUAUCUACUCAAGUCUUAUAUCCAGUCUGGAAUGAAGGACACAAGAGCUAAGAAAAUGUACUUCGAAGCAGCUGAGGCGCUGGAGAGGAAACUCAAACAGACAUCACCGGCCGGUCUGACCUACAUCGGGGAGUGGCGAGCGAACCGCGUGGAGAAGAAGAUGGAUCAUCUCUCGUGUUUCUCCGGGGGAAUGUUCGGUCUUGGUGCUCAGUACUCCACCCAGAAAGAUCACUACAUCGAGCUGGGGGAGAAACUGGCAGAGACUUGUCACAAAGCUUACGAUAACACAGCGACUAAACUCGGUCCAGAGGCCUUUUGGUUUGAGGGUCGGUCGGAGGCGGUUGCCAUGCGACAGAACGAGAAGUAUUACAUCCUGAGGCCAGAGACCAUCGAAUCGUACUUUGUGAUGUGGAGGCUCACACAUGACCAGAAAUACCGAGAAUGGGGCUGGGAGGCUGUUGAGGCUCUAAAUAAACACUGUCGCGUGGACAGCGGUUUCUCCGGAAUACGAGAUGUCUAUGCAAACAAAGUCAGCCACGACGACGUCCAACAAAGCUUUUUCCUCGCCGAAACACUAAAAUACCUCUAUCUUUUGUUUUCCAACGACGACUUAAUACCCCUGGAUCAGUGGGUGCUAAACACAGAAGCCCACCCUCUACCCGUUAUAAAAGAUUGGAAACAUUGAUUCUAAACGCAAGUUAAUAUAUUUUUUGCCAGCAUUUUUUUUUUUUUUUCCAGCAAGGAUGGGGCGGGGAUUGGAAUUUUAAAUUGACAUAGAUAUCAAUCUGUUCCCAACCCAAUCAAGGGGAAUGAGUCACUAUAAUGUAAAUAAAGUCAACACUUGUACAUACAUGUACAUGUAUAUGGGUAAAAAGGAGGUAAAAAUGCCAUGUUUCGGUGAAGCAUUAAAAUGCCUGCUCUUCAUGGUUUUAUCUGGAUCCUGUGUAAUCUUUUACCAACUCCCCCACCACCCCCCCCCCCCCUCUCGCCUCCUUUCCUCCCCAGUACCCAAUAUCAUAAAGCUGCUUACAGAAAGUUGUGCUUAAUUGGUUUCUUCUUCUGCUAUAAAAAACAAAAUAAUAACAGGGAACCAGUCACAAGUGGUUCAUGUGGAAACAA